AUGGGGUUAUAUGUAAGCAGAUUGUUUAAUCGUCUAUUUCAAAAAAAAGACGUUCGGAUUUUAAUGGUAGGAUUAGAUGCCGCUGGGAAAACAACAAUUCUGUACAAAGUCAAGUUAGGGGAAGUUGUCACAACGAUUCCAACAAUAGGUUUCAAUGUUGAAACUGUUGAAUUUCGUAACAUCUCUUUCACUGUGUGGGAUGUUGGAGGACAAGAUAAGAUAAGACCCUUAUGGAGGCAUUACUACUCUAAUACCGAUGGCUUAAUUUUUGUUGUUGAUAGUAACGACAGAGAAAGGAUUGAUGACGCGCGUGAAGAGUUGCAUAGGAUGAUAAAUGAAGAAGAGUUAAAGGACGCAAUAAUUUUAGUAUUUGCAAAUAAACAAGAUUUACCAAAUGCUAUGUCAGCAGCCGAAGUUACAGAGAAACUGCACCUCAACACGAUUAGAGAAAGGAACUGGUUUAUUCAGUCAACCUGUGCUACGAGGGGUGACGGACUGUACGAGGGUUUUGAUUGGCUCACUACACACUUAAACAAUGCCAAGUGA